GUGUAACUUGACUGCCGACUUGGUGUGUCAUAUCAGUCAAGGUCAAGGUACACACAACAUGUGUAUAAUACAAUGAUAUACUUUGUGUCAACUGUUCACACUUACGACUGUUUUGUGUAAAGGGUAAACGAAGGCUAUUUAAUAUAUAACAUACUAACAGAUUAUUUUUCAUGCAAACAGUAGAAGAUGUUAGAUUUGGGAUUUGUAAAGAAAGAUUUUACAUCUUUGAUUGGAAACAUUCAUCCAUGGAUGCUGAGUCAUUUUAUAAUGUGGUUGGAUAUUAAAGUUGCAGAGUACAAAGUGUACGGCCAUAUGGUUCUAGAUGAUACUGCCAAUGACACCCCACAAUGGUUGAGAGGUAACAAGUCAUCUGAUGUAACAAGUAUUGAGAAGUCACAUGAAAAUGAGGAGUCAAGGUCACAUUCGGAAGGAUCUUCAAGUAGACCAAUUCAACCAUUUGUGGAAGAUUCACCUUCACCUGUCAAGCAGACUAGAUUGAGUACAUCAUCAUCAUCACUUAAUCAGUCAUGUGAUCAGGGUAGUUUUCCUCAGUCUCACCAAACACCACAAAGACAAAUAUCACCAUAUUCACACACACACCAAAGUUUGCCUACAUUAGUAAAACAUUCUCCAAUGUAUAGAAAGGAAAAACCAACAUCAGCCGAGCCUCAUAGUGAAAAACAAGCGAUACCAUGUGACAAUGAAAGUAGACUUGCACAUUAUGGAACGAAACAAUUCAUGGACAUGAUUAUAGAGAGAGACUUCACACAGGGACUUAGAAAUACAAAGGUUUCCCAGAUACAACUUCAGGAAAGAUGGUCACAUGAAAUUGAAAAAAGUGUCAACAAAUCUGGAGUCAUAAAGGACAGAAGUUUAUCAAGUCAGUCAAGUUUUGAUCCGGUUCAAGCUUCUAAACAGGACCUCCCGUCAGAGACCUUAUCUAGAAGUACUAUAGUUCUAAAUGAACCAACAGAACACAUCAAGGAGCUCCAGAAAAGACUCUCUUAUGCAGGUUCUCAAGAGGUACCUGGGAAGAAUCCUGGAAAUAUUUCAUCAGAACCUACUAUUCAAGAUAUAAUAAAAAUAGAAUUAUCUUCUGAUGAAGAAUCUCAAACAGGCAAUCCUGAAGGUCAACAAGGGCAGAUAACUAGCUUAGAUACUGGACAGACUGAUACUAAUUUAGAUGGCUGCAUGGGAUUUGAUCCAAAUGACCAUUUAUUACAGGAAACUAAUUUAAAGGAAUUAGCAGAUGUUAAUAUUCCAGUACCUGUAACAUUAUACUCAAAUGAUAUCAGACCAACAAAUCAAAUAAAUGCUGUUGGAGGGAUGGAAGAAGAGGCAUCUUGGAAAAGUAAAAAAUGGGAAUAUUUUGAAAAAUUACGUAAAUCACGAGGUUCAAGUUAUAUGGGUGCGAGAGUUCACUCUCAGUCAUUACAAACUGUAUUACCUUUUCCUGAUCCAUUCCCAUUGGAAAACCUUCCAUAUGGAGCCAGGGCAAAGGAAAUGAUUAAUACGGGAAUAGUCAGCAGGCCAGGGAAAAUGCAAUUUCUAGACACAAUCUUUAAUGAAGUUGUUAAAUACACAGGAUUAUAUCCAACACCACAACAAAAAGUAGAAGUUGCUAAAGCCAUAGUGACCACUUUUCCGAAGCUUGACCAGAAAACCAAUCGAGGUCAAGCAUCAUCUCUUGACCAGUGGUUAAAUGUAUUAAAUGAUAAAUUCAGAAAUGAACGGAGAAUGUUGCACCAUGGUCCAUAUCUGAGUAGGCAAAGGAUUCCUGGGGUACAGUCCUCAGUGACAAAUACAGAAAUGAAAGACGACUCUUGAAUCAUGGACAGUUUUAUAGAAAACCUAUAAACUAUGUAAGUCCUUGGAAAAAACGGCAGAAAAUUUCUCAGAAACACACUUAUACUCUGUCAAGACAUUCAGAAGAAACACCAGAGAUCCAGGAAUUUCAAGAAGAGGCUCAGAAUCUAAAUUUAGAACUUCCAGAUGAUGAACUAUCAAAUGCCAUAAGUGAACAGUUGCAAACUUUAGUUUCUCAAACAAUGGGAGAUAACUCUGUAAUGGAUAUAGACAUUAAGACAGAACCAGUGGUUAUAAUAGAACCAGGUGGUCAAUAAAAAUUAUCAAAAAGUUA